UAUUCCCUUUCUUUUCGAGGGUUGCUUCCCAUGGAUCCUACUGUUGAUUCCUCCUUUCCUUCGGAGGAGUCCAAACCCUAGAUAUUUACAGAGAGAUUUGUGUAGAGAUAGAUAGUGAGGAAGAUCUUCAGGGAAAUGAUUUAGAGAGAGAGAGAGAGAGAGAGAGAGAGAGAGAAGAAGAGAAAAUCUACAAGAAACAGGUUUAGAGUGGGGAGGGGAUUUGCAAGAUUUGAUCUUUCUGAAUCGAACACCCACGAAACCAGUCGAUAUUUGCAGACAGCAAAUCCCAAUUAGAAGCUCCGAGUUACUAUGCGAAUUCUCUCGGCCUCCAUUCCAAAUCAAAAUCCCAUGUCCUCCUUCAAAUCCAGGCCAUUAAUUUGCCAUUGAAGCCUCAAACUUUUUGAUUUUGUUGAAGAACAAUUCGAUGAUUUCGAAUCCAAAUCUCAUUUACUACGCCUGCAUUGCCCAUAAAAUCACAAUUAUCGGCGAGUUCUCCAAAGAACCCGGUCUCGGACCCUUGGUUCAACAAUGCAUCGAGAUAACCCCACCUCACCAUUCCAUGUACACUCACACGGUGAGAAAAAGAACCUACACCUUCUUAAUCCAUGACCCCUUUGUCUAUUUUGCUAUAUUCGAUGAUGAUCUUGAUCAGUCCGAGGCUCUUUCCUUCUUAAACCGCCUAAAAUGCGAUUUUGAGGAGGCUAAUGGAAGUGGGUCGAUAUUGGUUCGUGAUAAUUAUGCCUCCCAUUGCUUCCAAGCUCAGUUUGAUUCGAUUAUCCGAAAAAUAAUGGCCUCGGACUUGGAGUUGCCCAAUUCUCCUCCAGCCAGUCGAAAUCUCAGCUUGAGUUCGAGCAAAGGGAAGAAAUUGGUCUUGACACCGCUGCUUGGGAAGAAGACCAGCGAAGGGUUGAAGAAGAAGAAGAGAUUGUCUGGGGAGCUUAAUGGGGAUGUUGGCAAAGAUGUGACCACAAUGGAGAAGAAGGUGGAUGUUUGUGAUGACGUUAAUGGUGGGUUUAGAGAUUUUUCAUUGCAAACACAAAAGAAUGGUCCUUUGCUUUCAGGUGAUCGCCAAAAGGCCAAGCAAGUUUGGAGGAAACAUGUUUGGGUGGUGUUGAUGCUCGACUUGUUUGUCUGUGCCAUCUUGUUUGGGAUUUGGUUGUGGGUUUGCAGGGGAUUCAAGUGCAUUGACAGUUGAAUUGGCUGAUCUGGAAGGUUGUGGCGUCUUCUUGGGAGAUGUUUCAGUGGUGUAUUGUGCUUUUGCUAUACUUGAAGAUGAAUGAGAAUUCCGUAACAUUACAAACAAGCUCUUGGAGGGAUAAGUUAGCGAAAUCGAUCGGGAUGGGUUCACAGGCUCUGUUUAUUGCUGUACUGGUAACUUUCUUGGCCCUAUCGGUGAACUUCUUGUAUGUAUCUUAAGCGGUAUAACUUGUGUUAUACAGUUAGCGAUAAGCCUUUUCAUGUAAUGCAUCAAAUUGUGUAUACUUUUAGGUAAUUACUGUGCGGGCAUUGUGUUUACUUUCCUUCCAUUGUUUUCAGUUGAUGUUGUAAUUGCUCAAAUGUUUUGAUAUUUGGGUUUACCAAUAGAAACUGUUUGUUGGCAUUAAUGGAAGUUGUUGAUUGUUUCUGAUUUU